UUAGUUUUCUACUACUCUUAAAAGGAUUAUACUUGAUUGAUUUUGACGUUUUUCGUGUUAAUAUUUCGAAAUCUUUAAAUAUUUCAACGAUUAUUGUGAGAAAAUUAAAUUGUCAUCGACUGACCGGCUGAUAUUACACGAGGCUUGUAUGUAUAUGUGACUUCUGCCUUCAGGUAUUAGUGACACGCCUCAGAAAAUAAAACUUAAUUUUGUGAAUGGACUUAUUAUAUUUUGUUAUUGUGUCGUUUUUGUGAUAAAGACGUUUUAAAAUUACGUAACUUGUGGAAUCUUAGUGUAUUAAAGAAUGGCCUGAGUGUGACCACACCAUUACCGUCAUGUGUGACGAAGGAAUGUUUAUUUAGGCUCUAAUAUUUUGCUGCGACUGUACCCUAAGUGCUCGUUUGAUUCGUAGAUUGGGCUGGAUCAUGAAUCUAUCCGAAUCAAAACAAGUUUUGCAUUAAUUGUUCUGGACCUAUUGUCAUUUCGGAUACUUUUAUAUUAGCAAAAUGUCCUCGGGAACGUUUGUGGAUAGGAUUGACCCAUUCGCCAAGCGAUCGUUGAAGAAAAAGACCAAGAAGUCUCAAGGAUCCUCGCGUUAUCGCAACACGCAAGAUGUGGAACUACAGGCAUUGCCUCUUUUAAAAGAUGUUCCAGGCAGUGAGCAAGAGGAACUUUUUAUUCGUAAACUGCGGCAAUGCUGUGUUGCUUUUGAUUUUAUGGAUCCAGUAGCAGAUGUUAAGGGGAAAGAGAUCAAGCGUGCCACACUCAAUGAGCUUGUAGAGUACAUCACUCCCGGCCGUGGAGUGCUCACCGAACCUGUCUAUCCAGAGAUCAUAAAAAUGAUAUCAGCAAACCUGUUCCGUACCCUGCCGCCAAGCGAGAAUCCCGACUUCGACCCUGAGGAGGACGACCCGACUCUCGAGGCGUCGUGGCCGCACCUUCAGCUGGUGUAUGAAUUCUUCCUGCGCUUCCUCGAAUCCACUGACUUUCAGCCGACCAUUGGCAAGAAGGUCAUCGAUCAGAAAUUUGUGUUGCAGCUAUUAGAUUUGUUCGACUCUGAGGAUCCACGCGAGCGCGACUUCCUCAAGACUGUGCUACAUCGCAUCUACGGCAAGUUCUUGGGACUGCGAGCCUUCAUACGAAAACAGAUAAACAACAUAUUCCUUAGAUUCGUCUAUGAAACCGAACACUUUAACGGCGUUGGUGAACUGCUUGAAAUAUUGGGAAGUAUAAUAAACGGGUUCGCUUUGCCGCUGAAGAGCGAGCACAAACAGUUCCUCGUGAAGGUGUUGCUGCCGCUGCACAAGGUGAAGUGCCUGUCUCUGUACCACGCGCAGCUCGCCUACUGCGUGGUGCAGUUCCUGGAGAAGGACGCCACGCUCACCGAGCCCGUCGUGCGCGGUUUGCUCAAGUUCUGGCCGAAGACCUGCUCGCAGAAGGAGGUUAUGUUCCUCGGAGAGAUUGAAGAGAUUUUGGAUGUUAUUGAACCUGCACAGUUUGCUAAAAUUCAAGAACCACUCUUUAGGCAAAUAGCCAAAUGUGUGUCUAGUCCACAUUUCCAGGUGGCUGAAAGAGCACUUUACUAUUGGAACAACGAAUAUAUUUUGUCAUUGAUGGAAGAGAACAACCAAGUGAUAAUGCCAAUCAUGUUUCCUGCACUGUAUAGGAUGAGCAAGGAACAUUGGAACCAGACCAUAGUGACACUUGUGUACAACGUGCUCAAGACUUUCAUGGAAAUGAAUUCGAAAUUAUUCGACGAGCUCACUGCAAGUUACAAGGCAGAACGGCAAAAAGAGAAGAAGCGCGAGAAGGAGCGCGACGAGCUGUGGAAGCGGCUGGGCGAGAUGGAGAUCAGCCACAAGCGGCAGGCGGCGGGCGCGGCCGCGGCGCUGGCCAAGUGAUGCGCUCCCGCGGCUAGAUAAUGCGAUGCGGCUUAUUUUCACCUCUGUUUCAUAUUUUCAAUGCGAUUACAUUUUUGUUAAUGACGUUAUUAAUUUUUUACACCUCCAACGAUUCGUCCGCUCGUCGUCGCGUCCUGGACGCGCCCCCGUCGUCUUAAUAGUGUUUUAUAUUCGUUUACGUAGGAUACUAGAUUACUUUAGGAUUUUUUUAAAUAUUGUUAAAUCGUUCGAUAAGUUAAAAGUUGUAUGUAUUAUUGAUGCGUGAUCGAUUGUAUCGCAUUUCGAGACACCGAUGAUUGUAUUAUUCGGGCACCCGGCUUUCGGCUGAAAAUGAUUGUACAAAAAAAAAUUAAUAGUGAAAUUCAAAGAUGUAAUUUGUUUAGUGCGCGGGCCGCGAGGCGCUGGCCCGCUCGUAGUUCGUUCGUCGUAAUUUUGUUUAUUAGAUGCUGGCUACUAAUGGUAAUUUUGUCGUACUAUCAUUUUGUAUAGAUACAUAGUGUAAAUAGGCAUUUAUUUAUUAUAAAUUUAUGGCAGUGUGAUUUUUAUACAUAGCUACGGGACCGAUGAAGCGAACUGGAGACUAUGAAUGUUACAUGCGUACGGCACGAUCGAAACUAAAGUACUAAACAAAAAAAGGUAAGUCAAUCAUACUGGAGUAGAACGAUGUCGAAGUAGAUAUGAUAAUUUUAAGAAAAUAGUCAUUCAUUUGUAUGAUAUUGCUGUAGCCAUUAAUUUUUCUAUGAUCACAAGUAGAGCAGCGCGGACGGUGCCCGCCCGCGCCUCUGUAUAUAGUAUGUACGACACGCGUCCCGUGCGUAUGUAUGUAUGUACACUAUGGAGAUGUUUGUUAUGUAAAAUGUAUUAACAUUGCAAAAAUUAUAUGAUCUUAUAAAUAAAUUACUAUUAUAGUACACAGUAUGAAAAUAAAAAGUUAACUCACAUAAAUUGAAUCGUUUAAGUAAAUGUAAGCGUAGGCGCGACAACCUCGCCCGCGUCGCGGUGCGGUCGCGGUACGGUCGCGUCCUUCACGUUACGCGCUAACUGCAUACGAAUAUACAAGUCAUUUUCAUAUUACUUAUUUUUUCAUUUCCGUUCGAAUUUACAUUCGGAUAACGGAUUUUAUAUUAUAUUUUCUUUUAAUGGAAAAGUUAUUUUUAUGAAUAUCUAUUAUUUAGGUUAAACAUAAAAAAUAAUUGUGUUGUAAAAUAUGUGUACUUGGGUAAAAUAAAAAACACAAAUAUUAUGAAAUUUUGAUAAUUCUUGUACCAGUUGUACCACAAAUCUGUAAAGAAAUAAAACUAAUUCGUAACCAUUAGUGCUGAGCUUACUUGAGCUUGCAUUUUUCUUAUUUUCGUUUUUAUUUAUUCCACAAAUUAGAUGUAGGAAGAGACACGGCCCCUUCCCCUAAAUCCUUUAUUACUACGCAAAUGUACAUGUAGAUAUAAAUAUGUCGAUGUUAAAAUAUAAAUAACAUUGGAGUUUAUUAUAUAAAUUAAAGGUAUAAAUAACUA